AUGGCUACCCACUCUCCUGACUCUGUGUCCUCGUCGGCGCCAGCAUCCGAGCCCAAGCCCAGCUCUGUUCCCGUUGGUCAUGUUGCCGGGCAGCCAGAUACUGACAUUAAGAUGGUGCUAUCGCCCGACGGCAACUCGCAGCCCACCCAGGAGUAUGUGACCGGGGUCAAGCUAGCCGUCAUCGUGGCCGCCGUCGCGUUUGCCAGCUUCCUCAUCCUACUAGACACCAUGAUAGUUAGCACGGCUAUCCCAAGCAUCACCGACACCUUCCAUUCCCUUCCCGGCAUUGGGUGGUAUGCCAGUGUAUACCAGUUUGGCACGGCGGCUCCUCAGCUACUGACCGGCAGGAUUUACACGUAUUUCAGCACAAAGUGGACCUUUCUAGUCUUCUUUGGCAUAUUCGAGAUUGGUUCCACCCUUUGUGGCGUUGGCUUCUAUGUGAAUCUGCCUGCUGGCGGCUUGGCGGCCAUCGCCAUUAUUCUGCUACGUCUCCAAAGAGAGGCAGAGAAGCCAAAUCCAUGGUCUCUAAUUCCGAAACUUCACCACCAUCUCGAUCUCGUAGGCUUUUUUCUUAUUGCGCCGGCGACUCUAGAACUCCUUCUCGCUUUGCAAUUUGGGGGUGUGAACUACCCCUGGAAUUUAUUGCAAAACGCUUUAAUACUUCGCGCCCUGAUCGGUCGCGGCAGCGUGCUGGCUUUUGGGCUGCAUACCGCUUUACUCAUACCAGCUGUUUAUGGGGCAAUUUAUUUUCUUCCUCUCUAUUUCCAGGCUGUCAACGGAGCCAGUGCGCUUCUCAGUGCCGUAUAUCUUCUUCCAAUGAUUCUAGCGCAAACUUUCACGGCCGGUGCUGCUGGUGCCGCGGUAACCAAGAUAGGCUACGUAAUACCCGUGGCUAUCUUCUCGGCGAUAUUCCUGUCCGUUGGAAGCGGUCUUUACUCUAUCCUCCAGCCUGGCAGCUCAACUGGAAAAUGGGUCGGUUUUCAGAUCUUGGGAGGUAUCGGCUCCGGUGCCGGUUUACAGUUGGCCAUCACCAACGUCCAAGUCGCUAUGGGCGGUGAAGAACUCGCAUCUGGCAUCUCCUUUUGCAUGUUCUGCCAGAACCUCGGUCCAACAAUCGCACUGACCCUUAUGAACGUCAUAUUCGGCUCGACGCUGCCAAAAGAGCUCCGUCAACACGCGCCGCUGGUCGACCCCGCGGCCGUUGUAUCUGCUAGAAGCACCGACUUCCACACCAUCGUCCCACCUAACGAGUUGCCGGGCGUACUCGUCGCAUAUGCAAACAGCAUCAACCAUGUAUUCUACCUAGUGGCGGGCUUUGCGGCAGCAGCGGGAAUAGCCUUGUGGGGGAUGGGGUGGCAUGACCUACGGAUCAAGAAAGAUCAGGGGCGGAUCCCAAGCCUGGCACAUAACACCUUGACAUUUGUUAAUAUAUUGCCGGUGGGAGUCGUUGUGCGCGUGGACGGAUAA